AUGGGGAAGCUCAACUACCUUGGCCGAAAGAUUAGAGGCAUCAAAGCGGGUCAGGCCGUCUUAACUAGCUUGAAGAAGCGAUUGCCGCCUGAAGAUGGCAAUAAAACGGGCAACCAUGACUCGGCUUUACGAGACCCUGUCGUUGAAAUCGAUAUUACCGGGAAAGAGUUGACGGAUGAUGGCCUCAACCAGUUCAUCGAUGUCUUGAUCGAGUGCAUCAAAUUUGAAACCAAAGAAGUUAGAGAGGGCAAAGUUCAUACCUCCCGCAUAGUACGGGUCGCUGAGCUCCACUUGCAAGGUAAUCAGCUUACCGUGGAGUCGUUGGCUAAACUGGCAGAGGUAGUCGCUUUAUCGACCGGCGACCUUCGGGAACUGGAUCUCUCCAAGAACCAGCUUAACAUUGAGACUGCGGAAGAUGUUGAAAAGUGGGAGGCCUUCCUCAGGAAGUUCAAACAUUGUUACAUGCUCAAGAAGCUUGAUCUGGGUGGCAACCCCCUUGGUUGUCUGGGCAUUGAGCACUUCGCGCGGGUCUACCUCAAAAGUGACCUCGACUGGCUUUUGAGUGAGGCUCCGGACAUUCUUGGUCCUGACCCUGACGCCGAAAAUGAUUCAAUUGAUGACUUGGCUAGAAUGAAGUUGUCGGACAAGGAAAACGAGCCUAAGGGAACCAAAAAGUCGCCUGACAAGGGUAAAAACGCCCGUCCGAAGAGCCACACACAAAUCGAACGGGCCGAACAGGUGAAGUAUACUUGCACUCGGGGUCUGCGUUCCAUUCCUCAUCUCGUCCUAUCGGAGAUUGGACUGUCCAACACCAGUGCCCUUCAUCUGCAAAGCAUGCUCAGAGCUCAACACACACCGGAGCACCUACUUGAAUUUCUUCCUCCAGGGAAGUCUGUGACUCUCCCUCAAACUGCGUCCCUGUGCAAGAGCAUAAUUUGGCGCCCUACCAAUGAUCUCCCGCCAUACACAGUGCGGCUACUGGAGGUGGCAGAAAGUCUUCGUGAUGUGGUGUCCGAUACAGAGGCUGAAGGGCAGAGUAUGAACGAGAAUGACGGCACAGAGUAUGCCAGCCGCGGCAGAAACAAAGGACAAGACCAUGACGAGAAACCCGCAAAUCAGGUUGAGAAUAAUCUGAAAUCCGAAUACGCUCGUCUCUGCAAACGCGUCCAACUUGAGGCAAUCAAGACAGAAGGCGUGCAUAGCAGCACACUUUGGAGCACCGCACUGAAAAUGAUGCUCAUAUCACGUACCAUCUUGCUGGAUGAUGACAAUCGUCCGAGAUCGGAUAGUAAGGUGGGAGGUGCCGAUGUCGAGAAUAACGUACGCGUGGACGAAGGCGAGAAAGAGGCGGAGUGGAUUCAAGAAGACGACAGCUCAUCUGAUGGGCCAGACUACGCCCAUGUGGAGUUUGUUGAGCCUCGUAACCGGACUCGCGUGCGGUUUGUCGAACCUAAUACUGGUGCAUACUCGUAUCCAGGUGAAGAUAUCGCGCACAUGGGCCCUCCGGUGACAAACACUGCCCCUGAAGGGGCCGGACAACGCGCCGGUCCAUCCUACUCCCGCUAUGAAGCGUUCGUCUCCGAAUUUCCCACGCCUCAGGAGGCAUAUGAACCAUCUGCAUCGAUGAAAGCGGUUGUCGCGACUGAAGCCAUGCCGAUCCCUUCUGCAGCGUCCUCAAGCUCGGGUACAAGGAGCCAGGACCCUGAUGAAGACCGCGUGUUGCGGUUCGACGUUCCCUUAAAGGUUUGGCGACGAACGAUUGCCUAUGUCGUCGGCGCGAAUGGGCUGCUUGACAAUGAGCAGCAGAAUUGCAUUCUGAAGUAUGCCGCUAGCUGGGAGGCCCUCAAACACGCACAAACAUUUCAAGGCGCCGAAGAGCACCAACAGAUUUGGAAGCUCCUUCAGACGUUGGAUUGCUUCAACUACAGCGUGUGGAAGGCUGAUCGAUCCAAGGUGAAUGUGUCCUGA